AGGAAUGGCUAUGUCUUAUGCUCUCGGGAGUGUUACAGCACAAUCUUAGUCUAGAAGUUAGGCUACGCGAGCCGGUGCGGUGAAGCCAAAGGUGAAACAUAUUCACACAAUUCUCUACAGUCUGGUCUAAUGUCAGCUAACUGAGCUUACGGCCAAUAGCGCUCGUAGUGACGCUGCAGUAGGUUGGCCCUUCGCUUACAUUCAUAAACGGAUAUGAUCAGUAUUGAAUGUACUGUAGCUACUACAGAUACACAGUAAAGUCGGACCAUGGCGGAAGAAGACGACACAAGAAUUCGGAUUUUACAAAGCCUGCGGGGAAAGAUAUGUGAAGGUAAGAACCUGGGUUCUUGUUCGGCGCCCAACCGACAACGGGACCUCUGCACCUUUUGUACCAUCAGUUUGGACCAAGAAGAGGUGUUCCGUACCAAGGUUUUUGACAAGAGCUUCAGCCCUUUGUAUGGCGAGGACUUCUACUUUGAGAUACCACGACCAUUUCAGUGUUUGUCCUUCUACGUAUUUGCCAAGGGGGUUUUUCAAAGGGACCUGCCUGUGGGAAAGGUAUCCAUCCGGAAGGAGGACCUUUGUAAAUUUAGUGGGAAGGAGCACUGGUUUUGCCUGCAACCUGUGGACCCAAACUCUGAAGUCCAGGGAAAGGUUCACCUAGAGAUGCGCUUGAAUGAACUGAUCACAGAGAAUGGCUCUGUGUGCCAGCAGUUACUGGUCCGGAUAAUAGAAUGCCAGGGCUUGCCUCUGAUCAGUGGGCAGAACUGUGACCCAUAUGCCACGGUCUCGCUUGUUGGGCCUGCCAGGUCUGACCAGAGGAAAACAAAAGUUAAAAAGAAGACCAGUGACCCCCAGUUUGAUGAAACUUUCUUCUUUGAAGUCACUAGGCCCAACAGUUACACAAGAAAGUCUAAUUUCCAAGUAGAGGAAGAGGACAUUGAAAAGCUGGAGAUCAAAGUUGAAUUGUGGAACAAUGGGAACUUGGCACAAGACGUAUUCCUGGGAGAGACACGGGUGUCUGUCAAGAUCCUGCGAAAUGACCACAUUCACAGGGCCUGGUAUCUCCUCCAGCCCAAAGGUAACGGGAACAAGUCCAAGACGGACGACCUGGGAUCUCUACGUCUCAAUGUGACCUACACCGAGGACAACGUGCUGCCGUCUGCCUGCUACACCCCCCUCCGCACACUGCUGCUCCAGUCCCCGGACGCCAAACCUGUCUCUGCCUCAGCCGCCCACAUUCUGGGGGACGUCUGCCGGGAGCGGUACGAGGCAGUCCUGCCCGUGGUCCGCCUGCUGCUCCACCACAACCGCCUGGUGCCCUUUGUCUCCGCCAUCGCCGCCUUGGAGCUGGACCACACCCAGGAGGCCAACACCAUUUUCCGUGGCAACUCCCUAGCAACUCGCUGCAUCGACGACAUGAUGAAAAUUGUGGGACGGAGCUACCUGACGGUCACUCUGAAGCCUGUGUUGGAUGAGAUUUGUGAAUCCAACAAAACCUGUGAGAUCGAUCCAAUCAAACUGAGAGAGGGAGAUAACGUUGAAGUUAACAAGGAGAACCUUCAGGGAUACGUUCAGAAGGUCUUCUCAUCGAUCACCCAGUCCAGCUCCAGCUGUCCCCCGCUCAUGUGUGACAUGUUCCGUUCGUUACGUCAAAUGGCCUCCAAACGCUUUCCAGCUGAUCCUCAUGUCCAGUACUCUGCGGUCAGCAGCUUUGUUUUCCUGCGGUUCUUUGCAGUUGCUGUUCUGUCCCCACACACCUUCCAGCUCCGUCCACACCAUCCGGACCUAGAAGUCUCCCGAACACUCACUCUCAUCUCCAAAACCAUCCAGACUUUGGGGAGCUGGGGUAGCCUGUCCAAAAACAAGCUGUCUAGUUUUAAAGAAUCCUACAUGUACGAUUUCUUCAAAUCAUUCCAAGAAGACAAAUGUAUUGAAAAAGUAAAAAAGUUCUUAGACGAGAUCUCCUCCAAUGUCUGUAAAGAGUCCAGUGGGGUGGAGGAUUCGGUGGUGCUUAAAGAGGGGGAGGUGCAGAAGCGGGCCCAGGGAAGGAAGCGCAUCGGCAAGAAGAACUUUAAGAAGAGGUGGCUGAGAGUGACCAAUAGGGAGCUCUCCUACCACAAGCAUAAAGGUAAAGAAGCAAUCUGCAUAAUCCCUGUGAAAAAUAUUCGAGCUGUGGAGAAAGUAGACGAAAGCGCCUUUAACCGCAAAAAUAUGUUCCAGGUUCUGCACGGCGAGAAGCCCCUGUACGUGCAAGCUGGGAACUGCGUGGAGGCCAGUGAGUGGAUAGAGGUCCUGAGCCAGGUGAGCCGCUGCAACCCGGGCCGCCUGGGCACCUUCCAUCCCUCGGCCUACGCCACUGGAGUCUGGCUCUGUUGCCGGAGCCCGAACGACAGCCAGCCGGGCUGCAAGCCCUGCACACCGACCAUGCUGGCUAAUCUGCAGCUGGACAUUGACUGUGACCGCGAGACCGAGAGAAUCUUCUCCCUCCUCACGUCCAACUACUCCAAGCUGCAGAAAAUGGAAGAUGCUUGUGCCAGCAUCGCUGUGUACCAGGGUCCUCUGAGGGAACAGGAGGACUACUCCUUGUUCACCAUCCAGGACCCCAAGGAGACCUUCCACACAGUGCAGCAGAUCAAACACAUCCUGGAAAACCUGCAAAGGGAGCAUGACAACCGCAGUGGCACCGCACAGUAUGGCAGCCAGGAGAAUCCAAUAGUGGGGAAGACAUCCUAGCCAGUCCAGGUGGGUCUGUUUGGCUUGAGUCUGCCACAUCAGCAGAUGGCAGUACGCCCCAGUCCUACACUGGAGCCCCAGGGUGGCGCGGUCGGGAUUGGCACUGGGAGCGCCACCCAACUCGGCGAGAAUAAAGAAGACGCAAACGCAAGGCGGUACCCCCCCCCCCCCCCCCCACCACAUGACUGGUUGGACGGUCCAUUUGACCAAGUUAGAAUUCACCCGACCCUGAAGCUGUCAUUGGUACUGGGCAGAUUGGGACCCUUUUAUGUUUUUUGUUCUCUGUCGCUCUCUUUCUCCAUCUGUCUCCCUCCCCCUCUUUCUCACACAAACACCACUGUCCUAAUAAGAAGAGGAUGUUCAAGUCUUCUAUGCGAUUUGCACAACAAAACUCAAUCUUGUCGUCAUUAUUUUCUCUACCGCUUAGUUGUCUGUGUGUGUCUUUGAGAGUGAGAGAGAGAGAGAGAGAGAAAAGAAAAGGCUGCUAAAAUACUUCCUUUUUAUUUACUCUAUGUUUUCAGUCUUGAUCAUCAAAUCAUGAUGAUGCUUUCACAAUCACGUCAAGCUUCACUGUUGGAUGUUCAUUUACCACUAAACAGCAAGCUUGACAUAGUUUCCAUCUCUUGGUAUUCUCCUCUCUUCUCCUUUACCCAACACUCCUCGUCUUCUUAGAUUUUCUGCUUUAAACAAAAGUCCUAGGUGUUUCAGGCACCCUUAGUAAAUGAAACCGAUCUGCCUUAUUCUUCUUAAUGGAUGUACAGUGUACGUAACAACCUCCCAUAUCCUCGGGUUAGAUAAUAACGCUGAAGCACUUUACACAUUUGGAAAGUUCCAGAUGGCAUCAUUUAGAUACAUGGUAUCAGUAUACCCAACAUUUGGAUCAGUUAAAUGAUCUUGUGUACGUUUUCGUUUCCAUUCCUGUACCAUAACGUGUAUAGAUUUUGAAAAGCUAUUUUUCUUAAACCAAAGAUGACGAUUUACUAGGCUCAACUUAGAAAAGGGGGAUACAUGUAUUUUGAAUACAGACAUGUUUGAAAAUGGAGGGAAAUACAUUCUACCGUUUGAAAGUUUUGGAUCUAUUGCAAAGUUUCUUGUUUUUGAGAGAAAAGCAGAUUUUUUUGUCCAUUAAAAUAACAUAAAAUUGAUCAGAGAUACAGUGUAGACAUUGGUAAUGUUGUAAAUGACUA